AUGACUGAAAUAAUUCCAGACAAGGCAAAGGCCAGCCAUGUUGAGCUGGAGCACACCCUGAGCCGCGAUGGCCUGGCCAAAGUUGAUACUAUGGGCACAGUGAAGCUCACUGAUGGCGUUGUGGUGUACAUUCCCACGCCUACGGCCGACCCUCAAGAUCCUCUGAACAUGCCUAUCUGGCAGAAGUGGAUAGUCUUGGUGAUUAUCUCAAUCUUCUCUUGUCUCGGUCUCUCCCUUGUUUCGGGUUUCGGCGGUCUCUUGGGCUUCUACAUCCCAACCUAUGCAGCCCUCGGCUAUGGCUACGCAAAUAUCACUCACUUGAUGACAUACCCAACACUCUUCAUGGGAAUCGGAAAUAUUAUUGGAAUGCCCAUUGCCCUCGCCGUUGGCCGUCGCAUCGUACUUCUUGGGUCUACAGUCAUUCUGGUGGUCAGUGCAGUGCUUUGUGCUUGUGCUACAAACUAUGAAUGGCAUCUGGCGGCUCGCAUGGUCCUCGGUCUUGCCGCUGGCCAAAGUGAGGCCCUAGUUCCGUUGAUUACCUCGGAGAUCUUCUUCGUCCACGAGAGAAGUACUUUCCUUAUGGCACAGCAGCUCGUCCAAACCAGCAUGACUGCCGUCUGGGUAUUGUUCGCUGGUCCAAUCGCCGGGAGGAUCACCCCUGGCUGGUGGUAUGGACUUGGUGCCAUUCUUGCCGGCGUUCAGUUGGUUGCAGCCAUUUUGUUCCUUCCGGAGACCAAGUACAACCGACCUCUCACAUCUUUCCAGGAGUCUACCGUGCCAAACAGCAAUAUCGAGUCUGGAAUAGCACCAGCCCCAUCAGUUACCUUAUGCACCCACCGACCCGAAUUGGACUUUGAGAACUUUGCACCACGUACCUUCCGUUCUGAUCUGAGACUUUGGGUUGACACACCAGAAUGGAGCGCUGCAGCACAAUGCUUACGCCACAUGUUCCAACUCCUCUUCUUCCCUGCUGUCUUCUGGGCACUAUUGCUCAACGGUCUCACCCUUGGUGUCAACAUCGCUAUCGGUACCACCUACGGCAAUAUUCUCCAUGCACCUCCGUACAACUGGCCACAAGAUUCGGUUUCCUAUGCCAACUGCGGUCAGAUCAUCGUUGCCUUCAUCGGCCUGCCUCUACUCGGACAAUUCUCCGACAAGUUGAUUCAAUGGAGAGCACGCAGAAAUGAAGGUAUUCAUGAGCCUGAAGUUCGGUUGAUUCCUCUUGUCCUCCCUAUCGUGGUUGGUGUCUUCACUGCCAUCCUCUACGGUCAAGGUGCGCAAAACCCAACCAAGUAUCACUGGUUUGUCUAUGUCUGGGCGGUUGCCGCAUACUUCUUCUGUUUCAUCGGAGCCAACAUUGUGGCCAUCACCUAUCUCCUUGACAGCUACCCAGCACGGGCCGGUCCUCUUCUCGUCAUCAUCUGUGCUUUCCGUGGUAUCAUGUCAUUUGGAGUGAGCUACGGAAUCGCACCAUUCAUUGAGAAAUCCGGAUACGAUGGUGCUUUCAACACCUUUGGAGGUCUGACUGCAGGUCUUGGUGCCAUCGGUAUCUUUAUCUAUAUCUUUGGAAAGAAGCUCAGAAGCUACACUGGUAAGUAUGCCAAGGACAAGGGUCGCGAGUAA